AUGCUUUGUCCCCUUUAUCUUUGGCCCAACAUCGGUUUUGAUGUUGUAUUCUUCAAGAAUUGCCAUGACAAGGAGGGCGUAGGGGAGCGGCCGAUUGUCGGAGGUGGCCGUGAACAUGUGAGUCAUCACAAAUUUACACCAAUUGAGAUUGGCGUUGUGAAUCAUCGCAUGGAUCGUCUUCGUGUCUUCUUGGGAGAGAUUGGUGUGGUUGAACUUCCUAGGCUUGAGGAUCCGUGUCAACACAUAGAAGAUGAAACGAUACACGGGACUCAUGGAAGAAAUCGUAGGGCGCCGCUGUUGGGGAGUGGGUAUGAAGUGACGGAUGCCCACUUCCUCCAAGAGAGCGGUCUCAUUGAACCGCGCCCCCUCUUCUCUGGUGUAGAGCCCGAGAUCCUGUCCGUCCCGACGAAGCCCGAGGAGAUCGAGGAAGUUUCCUUGUUCAAGGAUAACCCGUGCCUCACGUGGGAUGGAGUCAUGAAUGAAGCGGGCGGUGGAGAAUCGGGGAGGGAGAAUUUCCCAAAGCUCAAACUUCUCCGAGAACCUUGUAGCCUCUUCGCGGUCGUUGAACCAAAGAAACGACCCGUCAAG